UCGACUCGUCCUUGUUCGCGUUCCGCAGCCAUCUGGCUCAGUCAGCUGUUCGCGAAUUGGAAAUACGAUGGCUGCUGGGUGCUGUGGUACGAAAAAACAAAAACUUAACAACUCUUCGAGCGUUCCAUCCUGCAAUGGUACUUCAGUCGUGCCCAACGGCAUAACCAACAACGCGGGCAUGGUGGCCUUGCCCGAGAUGUGCUUCUUUUGUUUUGACGUGCUGUACUGUCACCUGUAUAACCUGGCGCCACCGAAGACUCCUUCCUUCAGCAACGAUGCAUAUCCCUUGUUUGUCACGUGGAAAAUCGGCAAGGACAAGCGGCUGCGGGGCUGCAUCGGGACCUUCAACGCCAUGAACCUGCAGUCGGGACUCAGGGAGUACGCCGUCACCAGCGCCUUCAAGGAUUCGCGGUUCAGCCCGGUGACUCGGGAGGAGUUUCCCAAGUUGAGUGUGUCUGUGUCAAUUCUGAGACAUUUCGAGGACGGAGACGACUACCUCGACUGGGAAGUGGGCGUGCAUGGGAUUCGGAUCGAGUUCAUCAACGAGAAGGGGAACAAGAGGACAGCGACGUACUUACCCGAAGUCGCAUCUGAACAAGGUUGGGAUCAGCUGCAGACCAUAGACUCCCUCCUGCGUAAGGGCGGUUACAAAUCGGUGAUUUCGAACGAAGUGCGCCGUAGCAUAAAACUGACUCGUUACCAAAGUGAGAAAAUAACAGUGACUUAUCAAGAUUACAUGAACCAUUGGAACAACCAGCGCUGCUAGCAGAUAAUGUGGGGGCGUCCGCCACCGACGCCUCCACAUAGCAGUCCCGUGUCCACAUACCCUCACACAGUGCCGCCCCCUUGUCGCCCGCCCGCUCUCGUCAUGGUCCAGCCUACGUUUCCCCUUCCAUCAUACGGCUCCGGCCUGCAGCCCCCGUACAUGCUGCAGCCGCUGCCGGCGCCGCCGCCCCUCUGGUGGGACCAUUUUCCGGGACCUUCUUAUCAGCAAGAGUACCUUUCGUCGGAAGCUCACGUCAACGGCUACCACCAGCCGUCGCCUUUCAGGAAAAGAAAGUGACCCUUGAGCAUAUUCAUUGGCUCGAUUUGUUACUGCAUGAAGUUUUGAGACAAACCGAACAUGUGCCCCGACCCUCAGGCUGUCUGUUGGCGGGUACGGCGCCUGCGGCGCAGGCGCCAAGAGACUGUUGUGGCGCACGCCGAUUGGUUGCGCUGACAUCGAAACAGACACUCUGUACACGUUUCAACACCAAAAGUAUUCAGAACGCGAAAUUGUAGGUUAGGUGUUUGAAAUUUCGUCACUACCGUGCCUAACCAUCGCACAGUAUUCCGUUGAACUACUCCUCUUCGGUCAAAGUUUGCAUUUAAACUUGCUUUUGCCACAAUUGCUUCCGUUUUUGUUGUGCUGCAGUUACGCUGGAGGGUUUACCGAUUUGUUCGCAGCACCACGACACGCCAGAUAACGUUCGACUUUGCCUUAAAACAAAUUCAAAAAAGCAAUAGUAACGUAAGGUUUCCAGAGACAUUUCGGUAAAUCGGAAGGUGUUGAGGUUAUACGUUAUAACGUAGAUUAAGAGUAACUGUUCAAAAAAAAAAUUGUUCUCAGACAAAAAUAAUAAAUAUAUUUUUUCAAUGGCAUAUAACUGAAUCUUGAAUUUUUAUCAAACACACGUGCAUUGUUAACGAUAAAAAUAGCGUUUUUAACGAGGAACGAUUUCUCAGAGUACACAGUCGUCCGAAAUAGUCAUAAGGGGGUGUCACUGCAAUAAACAAAAUACCUAAGUAAUAGAUAAAAAUUAAUGUUUAAUUAUUACUUUACAUUACUUUGUGUGAGUGACUUCAUAUUAAUCUAUAUAAAAAAAGCUAUGUUAAAGUUGGUAUGUAAUAGUAAGUAGAACGGGUAGUUGUUCAAAAUCCAAAAAAUGUUUAAAAAAAUUUAUAAAAAUACGACGCCAUCUUAAGAACAACGCGAUGGUAAAUAAAAUUAACUUAAUCAUCACUGCCAUUUUGUCAUGUUGAAUAGUUUACAAUCAUUCAUGGUGAUGCUCAAUUAGCUGUUUACGCGCUAUGGACAUCAUUAAAUAGUGUGAUCUCGUUGCUUUUACAUCUGAACUGAAUCGCACGAAAUUGGUCGAAUCGAACCGAAAAAAAUUUCUAGCCGCAAAAUGUAUCAUCAAAAUCUGUGAUUUGGAUGUAAACAGCAACCAAGCCAAUAAGAUCUAAGGUAAAAAACGUACUGGAAAGUUGGGAUACACUUUCAAUUAACGUUGUUGGUUCAUAACGACAAGAUUUAUAUUAAUUGCAACGAAAGAAACUGUCGUCGUGAGCCGUGUGUGUCUUUUGUGUAAGUACUAAUCUUUAGUAUCUAAGUAAUUUCAAAUUCCGUGUCCCAACUUGAGUACAAGUGUCUCAACUCAGGAUUUAUUGAGUAAUUCGAAAUAAUCACCAUAUUCCACUGCUCUACAGUAAACACAAAGUAGAUUAUCGCAUAUCUAUGUUGAUGUAACUGGCUAGCCAGAUUCUCCUGUUUCAAACUUACCUGCGACAUCUGAAGAAAUGUGCCUAAUGCUGGAAAAAAUUGUAGAAUCUUGAUGACUCCAGUAAGCCAUUUAUUUAAUGAGACACUACAUUCUGAUUUUUCAGUAAGAAUUUAAUUAUAUUGUAUUAGUGUUUAACAAUAUUGCGUGUAUUGUAGUGGGGUUCAAAGGUUUAAUAAAAAUUACUUUUUAUAA